AUGAUGGCGAGCGAGGAUGACCUCAGAAGGAUUUGGACAUGGAAUUCAACAGUCCCUCUCCCCGAGCAUGCCUGCUUUCAUGAAAAGGUAGCAGAACAAGCUCGCCAACGACCUCUUGCCCCGGCUAUCCAUGCCUGGGAUGGCGACCUCACAUACUCCGAGCUGGAUAACCUGGCAACAGCGGUGGCCCACGACCUCAUCCGACAAGGACUGACGCCCGACACACCUGUCCCACUAUGCUUCCCAAAGUGUUUCUGGAUGCCCGUCUCAGCGCUGGGUGUAAUGAAGGCCGGAGGUGUUGCAGUGAGCAUGGACACGACUCAGCCGGACGAGCGACUGCGGUGUAUAGUAGAGAAAGCCGAUCCUGCCGCCUCUUCUAUCAUCCUCUGCUCUUCCGAAACCGAACAACUUGCCCGCAAACUCUGCUCCGACACUCCUCGAAGGGUUUAUUUGAUAGAAUACGCAACCUUGAUGACCAGCGUGAAGCAUCUACCUAGUCCUCCAUUGCCGAAAGUCCAUCCCAGUCAACGUCUCUACAUCGCCUUCACAUCCGGAAGUACAGGAACACCCAAAGGCGCAAUGAUCACCCACACAAACCUCAUGACAGCCAUAAAGCACCAGCGAAAAAAACUUAUGAUUCAAAGCACUGAUCGGGUAUUUGCCUUUGCCUCCUACGCCUUCGAUGUCUCAUGGUAUGAGUUCCAUCUCACCCUCCUUGAGGGAGCUUGCUUGUGUAUUCCGUCGGAAAGCGCAAGGAGGAACGAUAUCAACGGAGCAAUCGCGCAGAUGAAUGCAUCAUAUGCAAUUCUCACACCGUCCACGGUCGCAGUCCUCAAUCCAGAGAGGUGUGCCAGCCUCCGUGUCCUUGUGUUGGCGGGUGAGCCCAUCGGACACCAGCUUCAAGCUGUGUGGGCCCAUCGGGUGAAUCUUCUCAACUUUUACGGUCCAUCAGAGUGUGUAGCCACGUCUGCGAGGCUCAUCUGUCCGCAAGAUAAGGAUAUUGCGUGUAUUGGAAAGGGUCUUGGUUUGGUCACUUGGGUUGUGGGCGUCUCUGAUGCCCCAACGGACGAUGAGAAGACCGCAAGCUUGGCACCAAUUGGCAGCGUCGGAGAACUAUGGCUCGAGGGACUAUUAGUAGGACAAGGGUACCUAGGUGACGCUGAAAAGACUGCAGCGAGCUUCAUCCAGGAUCCAGAUUGGUUAACUCGGGGUGGAGGAACUGGCUAUCCAGGCCGCCGAGGAUGCGUAUACCGCACAGGAGACCGAGUCCGAUAUAAUGCAGAUGGAAGUCUCACUUUCGUGGGCCGAACCGACGCCCAGGUCAAGAUUCGUGGCCAGCGGGUGGAGCUCGGAGAACUAGAAAAUCAUAUCCAGCGUCGUUUGGAGGCCCUCGCAGUGGCGGGCAAGCUGAGCCAUAUGCCCUCAGUUGUGGCUUCGCUCAUUACGCCGAAGCAGUGCUCCAACAGCGUGCUUGUGGCGUAUAUCAGCUUUGACGACCCGGCCGAGAGAUCACUCUUGUCGGAUUUGAUAGAGGAUGUGGAGCACACGCUGGCCCUUCAGCUACCACAUUACAUGGUCCCAAGAAUGUAUAUACCCAUUGAUGUGUUUCCCAUGACGGGUACUGGUAAAACGGAUAGGCGAAAGUUGCAGCAGAUGGGUAGCCAAAUGACUCUCCAACAGCUGGCAAGCCAGCAGCCGCACCGGAAAGACAUGCGUGCCCCGAGGUCCCUUGUGGAGCAAGAGCUCCAGACUCUCUGGUCGAGUAUCUUGGGUGUCAACGUGGACACUAUCGGUAUCGACGACAGUUUCUUCCGUAUCGGUGGUGAUUCCAUCGCGGCGAUGCGCCUUGUGGCGGCGGCUGGUGAUGGAGGGCUCGCAUUCACCGUGGCUGAUAUAUUUACUCACCCUACCCUAGGUGAUCUUGCACGUGUUGCCAGGGACAGCAUAGAAAAUUUGGGCCCGGCUGUUGACAGCUUCUCUUUACUUCGAAGUGAAAUCGAUCAUGGAGAGGCGUGCAGGCUUGCAGCAGUGCGGUGCGGGAUCGCGGAAAAGCAGAUAGAGGAUAUUUUGCCCUGCACGCCAUUGCAAGAAGGGUUCUUAGCAAUGACUGCGAAGCGAGCGGACAGAUACAUAUACCGGCAUAUUCUGGAGCUCGAGGGGCACAUCAACGUUACUCGUCUGCUUACUGCAUGGGAAAAAGUCGUGCAGGCAGCCUCCAUCCUGCGGACACAUGUUGUCGAUAUUCCACGCGAGGGUCUUGUUCAAGUCGUUAUGCGUUCUGGAGUGGAUGAUGUGUUACAGAUCACUGGCAGCCUUGAAGGUUACUUGGCCAGAGACUCUCAGAAGGAUCUCGGACUAGGGACGGACCUCUUCCGUGCAGCCUUGGUGACAGAUAGCGACACCCAGUCAACCUUUUUCGUGUGGACUCUUCAUCACGCCGUAUUCGAUGGAUGGUCCCUGUCGUUACUUGAAAAAGCCGUGCAACAGGCAUACCACGGUAGUGCUCCUUCAUCAUUAGUUUCGUUCAAACCCUUCAUCAAGCACGUCCAGGACACCGAUGUGAAGGAGAUGCAACGCUUCUGGACAGCUCAAUUCGCAGGCUCAGAAUCGAUUCCUUUCCCUACAUUACCAACACUAGGCUACGAACCCGAUCCCCGGAGCGAGUUGAGAUACAGCGUAUGCGGCCUAUCAUGGAGGCAAAGCGAUGUCACUGCCUCAACGGCGUUAAGAGCCUCAUGGGCGAUCCUUCUUGCACGACAUACUGAUUGUCCGGACGUUACGUUUGCAGCCACCGUGACAGGAAGGCAGGCUCCCGUUCGAGGGAUUGAGCGGGUGGUAGGGCCUACCAUUGCGACGGUGCCAUUGCGAUUAUGUUUUGAUUGGGAUGCGAGCAUCGACAGCCUGCUCAGUCAGGUACAGAUGCAGGCGGCCAACAUGACCCGGUUUGAACAGGCGGGGAUCCAAUGGAUCCAAAAAUUGAGUCCAUUCGCCAAAAGGGCCUGCCAGCUCCAGACACUUUUAGUGGUGCAACCGGUGUUACAGAAAGAUAGCAGCUCCGAGAAGGACGCUGUCUUCAAAGCACGGAACCAUGAGCAUCAGGAGAAGCACAUGGGCGGCUCCAACGAUUAUGCCUUCCUAAUCGAAUGUCAAUUGCAGGCCCAAGGAGGACUUUCAUUCCGUGUGAGCUUUGACGACCAGGUGAUUCCAAAGCCUCACGUCCAGAGGAUCAUGCAGCAGUUCGAAAAUGUCCUACGCCAAGUAUGCUCUCCUUGCCGCGACUCCUCAUUAGCUGUGAGGGACAUCCAAGUCACCAGCGCUCACGAUCUUCAAGAGAUAUGGCGCUGGAACGCGACGGUUCCAAGUCCAUCAGACGGUUGUAUUCAUACUCUCGUCGAGCAGCGAGCGUUGCAAGCACCAACUGACCCAUCUAUUUGCGCCUGGGAUGGCAAACUUACAUAUCAGGAGUUAAAUCUCAUUUCCAGCCGGCUGGCAGCCCAUAUGCUCCCUUUUUGUGAUGCAUUCCGACCUGGCAUAGUCAUCCCGCUAUGCUUUGAGAAAUCCCUCUGGGCUGCGGUUGCAGCACUCGCCGUAAUGAAGGUGGGAGGUGCCUCCGUCAUUCUGGAUCUCUCCCAGCCAGUAGAGCGAUUGCGACAAAUUGUGAAUGAAGUUCACCCCGUGCCGUUUAUUAUCUCGUCCUCACAUCACCAAGACCUGGCUCGAAGGCUCUGCGAGAAGAUCAUCGUCCCCGCCGAUAUGCAUCUCAAACAAUCACCUUUGUGUCGAAUGGAGACUGACCUCCCGGCUGUCCCCCCAUCCAGUUCCCUCUACGUGGUAUUCACCUCCGGCAGCACAGGCAAACCUAAAGGCGUAGUGAUAACCCACGCCAACGCCCGGUCCGCCAUUCGCCACCAACAGACUGCCAUUGGCAUCAGGCAAACUUCUCGCGUAUUCGACUUUGCCUCGUACGCCUUCGACGCCUCGUGGUUCAAUCUGCUGCAUUCGCUGACAUCCGGCGCCUGUCUCUGCAUCCCAUCCGAGUUCGCCCGUUUCAACGACUUAGCUGGUGAGAUCAAUCGACUCCAGGCUGACUUCAUAUUAUUGACCCCCUCCACGGCCUGCGCUCUUGAUCCUGCCUCUGUCCCUGGUCUCAAACGCAUGAUUCUUGGUGGGGAACGCUUGACGCCCAAGGCCAUACAGCAAUGGGGUUCUCGCGUCCAUCUGAGCAAUGCGUAUGGGCCGGCCGAAUGUACUAUCGUGGCUACUCUAGUAGACGUACGGCCCUCCACCGUCCAGCGGGCGGCUCGGAUUGGGAGAGGGCUCGGGGUCGGGACGUGGGUGGUCGAGCCCUCGGGGGACCGGUUAGCCCCCAUUGGGGGCAUUGGAGAACUAUGGCUAGAAGGGCCGCUGGUCGGUUCAGGAUAUCUGAAUCGACCUGAUCUCACGGCGUCUAACUUUAUGGAGGACCUCCCGUGGCUACUUAGUAGGGGCUCCGGGCAUGCCGGGCGGCAGGGCCGACUGUAUCGAACCGGCGAUUUGGUGCGCUACGAGCCCGAUGGAUCCGGAUCGUUGCUCUUUGUCGGGCGCAAGGAUGCGCAGGUGAAAAUCCGAGGACAACGCGUAGAGUUAGGUGAGAUUGAGAAUCAGAUCUAUGCCAGCCUGGAACCGCAGGAGAUCGACUACGUGAAGGGACCUGUGGCGGAGGUGAUUACUUUGCAAGACAGUUCCAACCCGGUGCUUGUGGCGUUCCUAGCUAUUUCGCAGAGGGUAGAUAGCUCACCUGAUGGAGGGUUGAAAAGGCGCAUGUCUCGUCUUGCAAUUCAGCUGGGUCGAGCGCUCGCCAUCCACCUCCCGGCACAUAUGAUACCCUACGCAUACAUUCCGAUUGACACGUUACCCACGACUACCAGCGGCAAGGUUGACCGACGAAAACUUCGUGAGAUGGGUGCGGCCAUGACAAUGGAGCAGUUGGCUGAGCUGCAGCCUUGUGAAGUUGACUUUGUGGGAGGCGACCCACAGACGACGGCGGAGUGCGCGCUGCAAGCACUCUGGGCUUCUGUGCUGGACAUUACUCUCAGUAGGAUCCGGACUACUGACAGUUUUAUCCGGCUAGGUGGCGACUCUAUCAUGGCCAUGCGACUCGUGGCCACUGCACGAGAGCGAGGAUUUACCUUCACCGUGGCUGACAUCUUGAAGGGGAGGCCACUGGGUGAGCUAGCUGUACAAUUCACAGCCGAUUAUGAGACAGCAUGUUCCAAAUACGUCGGUCCUGCGCCGUUCUCUCUGGUCUCAGAGGCGGUUGUAUGCCAGUUGAGACUCCCCAAAGCUGGGACGGGGAUGUAUGAGGUCGUGGAUGCCUAUCCAGUAACCGAUUUUCAAAAGUAUUGCAUUGCAUCCCUACAAAGGUGGCCACUCGGGUUUUGCUUUCACUUUUACAUUGACCUGCCAGCAUACAUCAGUGUCUCCCGUAUAGAGGCCGCCUGCCUGUGCCUGUGGCAGUAUCUGGAUAUCCUCCGUACGGUGUUUGUGGAGCUGGAAGGCAAGACCUUCCAGGCGGUCCUUCAAGGCCUCCCCCUGCCAUGGGAUGCUGUUUAUAGAGAUGUUGGUGAUCUCGACGCUCUCUCCCAGGAGAUCUAUCAGGACGACCUUCAUUCCCGCCUUGCGCUGGGAACCCCAUUCAGCAAGUUUAUUGUGAGCCAGAUCCGGGGAGGACCUGCCCGGCUGACGGUGCGACUGUUCCAUGGGCAGUAUGACGGGAUCAGUAUAUCCAAGAUCUUCUCCUGUCUGGCAGCUUUCCUAACGGAUGCGAAGGCCCCACCAGCAGGUCCUGCAUACUCUGGUUUCAUCCGGCAUAGCAUGCAGACACAACAUGAAGGGUUCCACUUCUGGAAGACGUUGCUACGUGGCGCACAGAUGACUCGAAUUGUCUCCACACUACCGACUCCUCCCUUACACUCUGGCAAUGUACUCGGCAAAUCCACGCCCUUCCAACCCAUCUAUAUCGAGCGGAGGAUGACGCCCCCACAGAGACACCGGGAAAACUACUCCCCAGCAAUCACCUUCAUCUCGACCGUCUCUAUAGCCCUCGGCAAAGUUACCCAAUCUCGAGAUCUCCUCUUCGGCCUCGUCGUAUCCGGACGAUCCAGUCUGUCCAACGGUCUCGAGGAUGUUCUGGGACCCUGUCUCAACCUCAUGCCUAUCCGUGUUCAGGAUCCCAUCCAUCUCUCCCACGUUCUCCCCUCCGUCCGCGAGCAGUACGCCCAGGGACAGAAAUACGAAACGAGUCAGUUCUGGGAGCUGACGGACCACUGCAAGGACACGGACUGUGCGCCCAGUCUCCACAGCUUUGGGGUGGCCGUACAGUUUCAGAAUGUGGACGAGAAUCCGACUCUGCCCGGGCUGGAUGCUUCGCUGCAGAUCCUGGACGGGCAGAGCGAGCCGCUGCACACGGAUACGGUCUGGGUAGUCGCGAGGCCCGUGGAGGAUGGGAGGAAGUGGGAGGUCGGACUGGCUGCCAGCCCCGAGUUCCACACUGAGGAAAGUAUUGGGGCAGUGAUGGAGGUGCUGGGGGAGGUUAUUGAGGGGACUCAUUAA